UGUAACAUUAGGACCUAAGGCACCAAACCAAAAUUCGCAUGUUUCUUCUUUCCCAAAGAGGUCUCUUCUGAACAAAAUCAUUUUCGAAUCAACAAACCAAACCAUGGCAUUCUUCUUGAACAAUUCAACCUUUGCUUCUCAUCUUCGAUCUACCUCUCAGAAAACUCAAGAUUCGUUUUCCCUCGCGCGUCGUCGAUUCCACGUUGAACCCGGAACUCGUGAAAAAGCUCUCUUGGCAGAAGAUGCAGCUCUUAAGCCAUUCAAAUCAUACAAACAGAGUGUGAAAAAGCUCAGAAAAAUUGGGGAUGUUUUAACUAUUGUUGUUGUUGCAGGAUGCUGUUACGAAAUAUAUGUCAAGGCAGCUGUGAGAGAAGAAGCCCGUAAACAGUAGCAUUAUGAAAGUGUAGAAUGAAAUGAACAUUUGGAUGCUAGUUUUCUUUACUUUGUAUUUUAAUGGCAGCAAUUUGGAUGUUAUGUUAGCCAUGUUAGAAUAAGCCGAAAAGCAUUUGAACCCAAAUUACUUGUGCAUGAGUAGUUUUUUCACCUUUCAAGAUGUGUGAUUUCUGAUGAUAAUGUUGAUUGGCAGAUCAUAAAUUUGUGGCUAUAGAUCUGAAAUAUAUAGAAUUGUUCCACCAUCGAAAGUGAGGGGGAGCAAGUUAGGCAAGGGAGUAGUUUUGAAGAUCUGUGUUAUUUCCUGUGAUUCUAUAGUCAAGGUUUGACUGAAAUGCUCUAUGAAUUUGGUGAUCAUAUAGUAACUACUGCUGAGCAAAGACCUUCUACUAGUUUCAUUAUCUCAUUUUUCUAAUGUUUGGGAGGCUACCUUUCCAUAAGACUCUUCUUCAUUACAAGGGUGAGUAAAUGAAUAAUGAUGCUUGUUGCACAUUGUCUA